AAUUGGUUUUUGUCUCCAACAGACCUAGUUACCAUGUCAACCAUCAAAUCCAUUACUAAAACGGGGGUCGUAUAAAAUAUCUUCGUCAAUGAAACGCAAUGGUUGGGACGUGAUUUUAAACGCAUCAAGUCGCAGCAAGCAAAAUGAAAUCUAGCAUAUGUUUUCUGUUGUAUUUUUUCGCAACUUCCUUGCAAGAUGCCGAUGGAUAUUGCUAUGGUUCCACAAAGUAUGCAACGACAUCCUUGCUAACACUUUCAAGGUUGUAUUAUUCAAACAACGAGUACUGUACCUUCUACAUCCAACCAUCGGCCUAUUACUCCUCUUCCUCUUACUAUUUGGAAAUCAAGUGGAUAUCAUUCAACGUGGAAGGGAACUUGCCAACCUGCGAAGACUAUGUAGAAGUUUAUCUUACGAGCUCAUACAAAAGCAUUGGGAAGUAUUGCUCUGAUAAUAUGGUCGACACAAAGCCAUUCAAUAUGUAUUCCCAUGAUGGAUACGCAAAGAUCGUCUUUAAAUCAGACAGCGCAAGAACACGGUCCGGGUUUUCAUUGACAUACCAGUUAAAAAGCAAAUCAGGAUCACCGAUGGGUGGAUACCCAAGCAGCACAUGCUAUUACAGCGAUUCCUCUGCAGCAGCAACAUUCUACUCUUCUGGUUGGCCCAACAGUUACUACGAGAGCAGCACCCCGUGUUGGAGGCGCUAUUACGCCGGUAAUAAUCCGGUACGCGUUGCUGUGAUGGACGUUUCAUUAUACAGAACAUCGUCUGUCUACUGUUACACAACUGAUUCCUAUUUUGAAGUGAAAGCAUCUUCAUCGAUGUAUUCUUCGUCUUCAUACAUCAGCUUAUAUGCCACUUCCGUCAGCGAAAAGAUCUGCGGGACAAAGUCGCCAACUUUGUAUACGGCCAGGAAAAGCUAUGUCUACUUGUUAUUUAACCGACCACGCAGAUAUUACAGCUAUCGAGGAGUCAUGGUUGGCUACAUGGCGUACCGCGAAUCAUCAUCUUCGUCGUCCUCCAGCGCAGGAGUCGCUAUUGGUGCGGUGGUAGGCAGUAUCAUCGGGUUUCUUGUUAUUGCAGCAAUUGUCUAUGCCUGUUACCGGGCUGGCCGCUCGAAAAGACCCUCGCCAGUGGCACAGACAAGUCAGCCUCAGGACAAUGCAGUUGUUGUCGCUAAUACUGCUACUAGCAACGUUGUUUUUCAGCAAUCUCAGCCUGCUGUUAUUUACCAAGGAGGUGCUUACCCAGCAGCAAGUAUGCAACCUAUUACCUACCAGAUGCCACCGCCUCAAUAUGCAACUGGUAUGAAUCCGAGCGCCCAACAGAUGCCACCGCCUCAGUAUGUUACCGGUAUGGAUCCGAACUUCCCACAGAUGCCACCGCCUCAAUAUGCAUCUGGUAUGAGCCCAACUGCCCAACAGAUGCAUCCUCCACAGUAUGCAGCUGGCAUCGAUCCAAAUGCUCAGCAGAUGCCACCGCCUCAGCAUGCAUCUAGUAUGAGCCCAACUGCCCAACAGAUGCAUCCUCCACAGUAUGCAACUGGCAUCGAUCCAAAUGCCCCACAGAUGCCACCGCCUCAGCAUGCAUCUGGUAUGAGCCCAGCUGCCCAACAGAUGCAUCCUCCUCAGUAUGCAACUGGCAUCGAUCCGAACGCCAAACAGAUGCCACAACCACAGCUCUAAAAGAAUUCCCUCCAGAACGCCAACUCCAGACUGAAGAUGCAUACUCUGUUUAUUCACCGCAAACAAAACCUAUUCACGACUUUAGGGUAAAUAACAGCCCACCUACACCUAAGACCUCCUCUGUACAUUUUGUCAUAGUUAUUUAUAUCCAUAGUGAGAACACGAAGCCUUUUAAUCAUUUGAUGAAGUUUGAGGACUCACUAUUUUAGUUAUGUAAAUCAAUGAGAAUUUUAGACACUUAAAGGCAUUGAGUCAUGAUAAAAUGGAUUGGGUAUACCCUAAGUGCCAAAAUCCGCUGAGUCAUGAUUUUCAUGAAUGCCAUGCUAUUGGUUGACCUGGAACUGGUCACAUGAACUCACCUCGUACUGAUUGACAAAACAAUUUCCAUCAAUAGCAAGUUGUCAACAACGGAUGCAAGUAUCGCAUGAAACAGCAGCGAUCACGCCGAAUCCAAAUGACCCCCUAUAGAGAAGGCCUAUUUACCAUGACUCAAUGCCUUUAAAUACCACGUUUCCUUUAAUAUGAAUUACGAAUGCAAGCUAAUUGAAGGUGGUUGCUUCAUUUUCAAUUGUUUCCAAAUACCUUGUUUUUGAUAAUUCGCUCAAACUCAAACCAUUGGCAAAAUGUCAUGGAGCCCAGCUAUUCUUUAGUUAACCAGAUCACUUUUCCAUCUUGGUGUUGGGUUUCCUGCAAACAUAGACGUAGAAACCAGGGGGGAAAUGGAACACGUGCCUCCCCCACUUUUCAGAAACAGUGUUUAAGCAUAUAUCUACAGCUUGCAAAGAUGCCUCAAUUUUGAUUACAAGUGCCCCCCCCACUUCUGAAAUGUUCAAAACUGACCUAUCAUUUUUAGGCAUGCAUUUGUUGUGUUUGCUUAAUUCUAUUGUCAAAAUGGAAUCUCUUAUUUUAUAGAGUCUUCUAGACCUCGAGACCUUUUGGCAAUUUGCCCCCCUUGCCCUCUCUCUUGGUGGUCCUGCAGCCCAUAUGAUUAAAAGUAAAAAUUUCUAAGAAUAGAUUUUGGUGACGUCAUCAGAUAAGAACUCUUUAAUGAAUUGUGAACAAAACUCAAGCUUUUUUGUAAGUUUUCUUAUGUUGUCCCAUUCAAGAAAUGUUUGUUUUCGGGUGGAAAUUUCGGGUGGUCCUUGCAUGGAAGUUUUAUCCAAUUGUUUUUAGAAGCUUUUCACGUGUAAAUAGUUUUGCACGAGUAAUAGUUACGUUGACCAAGAACGAUCAAUGUUUUGUCGUCCAGAAUGACUGUCAACUUUUAAGAUUGAAUAAAAAUUAUAAGUAAAUAUGUAAUGAUGGACGCCAAUUAACCAGUAAUACCAAGAAACAAUAAGGAAUCCUAAGUAACAUUUAUCUUGGUAAUAUUAAUUAUAGUCACAGCAUGUUAAAAAAGCCAUGCCUUUUUCAAUAUAUUUUUCUGGUUGGUUGUUACAAGAAAAAGGGUAGAUUUCCUCAUCAUAUCAUCGAGGAAAGGAAUAAGAAUUCAUAAUUUACGUUCAAGUUCAUUGAAUUUUCGAGUGUUCAUUGAAAAGAAUUAGAAGAAUGCAUUGUCUUAUCCUAUGGUGAAAAGCCAGGGCUCUAAAACUUGAAGGAGCAAGUAAUGGGAGAGAACUAAAAUGAUACACUGUCCCUGUAAAGAAAGAAAUGUUACACCGUACUUAUAAUAGAAACUGAGUUCAAGUAUGCAGAGUUUUACCAUCUGAUACAGAAUAAAGAAAGAAUACCGUAGAAAAACACGGAAUGAUUGAUGCUAGAUAUCUUCUCAAGUCUCCUUUUUAUUAGAGACCUUCGUUUGCCCUAUUCGGAACAAAGAAUAGAAAUUUUAUGUUUAUGUGACAAGAUUAUUCCAAACUUUGGCUCCACGGUUAUUUAAUUGUUUUGUUUUUAGUUGUUCUCGGCUGAAGUAUUUAAUGCUAUUUCUAGUUGUUUUAUAAAGCAGUUUUCACACUUCCACUUGUUAUAUGAUAUUUCAGCAUAAAUAUUGCAGGUCAAA